AUGGCAGGUCCCCUGUGGCGGGCCGCAGCGUUUGUGCAGAGACACAGGACAGGCCUGGUGGUGGGUUCCUGUGCAGGCCUAUUUGGGGCCCAGAUCUCAUACCACGUCCUCCCAGAUCCUGUGAUCCAAUGGCUAUACCAGUACUGGCCUCAGGGCCAGCCAGCCCCACUCUCCCCAGAGCUGCAGAGGCUCUUCCAAGAGGUGCUACAGGACAUUGGUGUCCCCGCAGGCCAUAGCUAUGAGGCUUUCACCACCUUCACCUUCCAGCCUGUGAGUGCUGGCUUCCCGAGACUCCCCGCCGGGGCGGUAGUGGGCAUCCCAGCCAGCUUCCUGGGUGGCUCAUUGACCAACACUGAUCAUCCAGUGGUUGUACAUGGGCAAAGAGUGAACUGGCAGAGCCCAGCAGGUGCCCGGCUGAGAGAUGCCCUGACCCUGUCCCGCGACGCCCAGAAGUUUGCCUUGGCCAAGGAAGUGGUGUACCUGGAGAGCAGUGCAGCCGCCCUACAGGCUCUGCCGGCCCCAGCUUGCCUGGCAGGAACGUGGGCACUGGGCGUGGGUGCCAAGCAUGCACUGGGGCUCUAUGGGGGCCCCAUGAACAUACGGGCUGCCUUCAACCUGGUGGCAGCGGUGGUGGGCUUUGUGGCCUAUGCCUUCUCCACAGACUCUGUCACUCAUGCCCUGGAAGCCUGGCUGGACCGCCACACGGCCUCCCUGUCUGCAGCCUAUGCCCGGGGUGGAGUGGAGUUCUAUGAGAAGGUUUUAUCCGGCAACGUAGCCCUGCGCAGCCUCUUGGGCACACACGGAGCGAAGCUGUAUACGCCUAGUGGGAACAUCGUUCCCAGACACUGGUUCCGCAUCAAACAUUUACCCUUCACGACCCGCCGGGAUUCUGUGCUGCAGAUGUGGAGGGCCACGCUCAACUCGGGCCGCUCCUGA